AUGGUCUUCAUCAGGAGGUCAGUGCUCCAUGGUCUUCAUCAGGAGGUCAGUGCUCCAUGGUCUUCAUCAGGAGGAGAUAAUGCAGCCGACCCACAGGACGUUCGCCUCUGUCCCCACGAUCUGUCUUCUAAAGACGAGCCUCCCACGCAGCCCGACCUGCGCACUUUCCCCUCUUCCAGUAAACCAGAGGACCAGAGGGGGACCAGGGGGAGGCCAGAGGGAGACCUGCGCACUUUCCCCUCUUCCAGUAAACCAGAGGACCAGAGGGGGACCAGGGGGAGGCCAGAGGGAGACCUGCGCACUUUCCCCUCUUCCAGUAAACCAGAGGACCAGAGGGGGACCUGCGCACUUUCCCCUCUUCCAGUAUAG